AUGUCGUCGCAAAAGGCUUGGGCUGUUAUCGCAGGUGUUGGGUCUGGCACCGGCGCCUCAGUUGCUCGUCGUUUCGCCAAACACUACGCUGUAGCCCUCUUAGCUCGGAACCCGGACAAUUACGAACCCAUUGCCAAAGAGAUAAAUGCUGCAGGCGGCAAGGCAAUUGGCAUCAGCACCGAUGCGUCGGACAGCAAGAGUGUGAAGGCUGCGUUUGAACAACUGGAGAAAGAGUUCGGCGGAGCUCCGUUAGCUGCUGCGAUAUAUAACGUGGGAGGGAAAUUCAUCAGGAAGCCCUUCCUCGAGCUGACUGAAGAUGAAUUUGAGUCAGGAUGGACAGCCAACGGACGAGGAGCGUUUCUUUUCUCGAGAGAAGUUCUGCCACUCAUGCUCAAGAACACAGAUGCCGAAUAUCCACCCACGCUCAUCUUCACGUCUGCGACUGCAGCUAUGAAGGGCUCCGCCCUCUGCUCAUCUUUCGCUACCGGCAAAUUCGCGAUGAGGGCUUUGGCACAAUCGUUGGCAAGGGAAUUUGGUCCGAAGGGCAUCCACGUCAACCAUGCCAUCAUUGACGGGGUUAUUGAUAUCGAGAGAACCGCCAACUGGAAGUUCGAUCAUCCGGAGGCCAAGAUCAAACCCGAGGCCAUUGCCGACGCUUACUGGUACUUGCACACUCAGCCGCGGACUUGCUUUACCAACGAGAUCGACAUAAGACCUGCAGUCGAGAAGUGGUAA